AUGGGUCAAGCCGAAUCGCAACCUUCCGAAAAUCAAGACCCUUCUCUCCCCUCCCCCUCCCUCCCCACCUCGCGUUACGCGCCUCAGAACGCGACGAUCGCCCAAGUCGGCCUCGCGUUCCACGUCUUGCGCGUUGCGGAGAGGUCACCGGCGGACGAGAGCGGGGUCGAACCGUUCUUUGAUUUUGUGGUUGGGGUCAAUGGGAGACCUUUGGUAAGAUACCUUCAACUGGAGGCUGAGUCUGGUGUUGGGGCGGGGGUGUUCGAUGUGAAACAGCGCAGGAGCAGGAUUGAACGUGAUCGGUUGGUGGUGGAGCACGUGGACGCUGACUUACCCGAGUGGUUUUUUGGGUCAUGAUGAACAGGGUGAUGAUAUCGAUCUAUUAAUGCGCAUGUCGCAGCAAUUCGAAGAACGUCAGAUCUCGUUACAGCUUUAUAGUACCAAACGAAAGGAGCUAAGAGGUCAGUCGGCGCGACUAGAGGCCAGAAGAGGAUCCUGUUUCCCGGUCGGGGCUGAUCAACUGAUUCGAGCACUUUACUGCUUUGUGAAUGGUUCAAAAGAUGUCCCCAUCGUUCCUUCAAGAGCUUGGUCAUCGAACUUGAACAGAUCCGGUAGCAAGGGUGGCAACGCGGAUGGGGAAGGCGGGGAAGGCGGGGCUUCAUUGUUGGGCUUAUCGUUGAGGUUGUGUGAUCCGCAGCAUGCUUUGGACCAGGUGAGAUAAUAGGGAAGAUGCUCGUCAGGGAGACCGUAUCUUGGGGGGAAGUUGAUGUCCUUUUGCUGGGUCGGGUCGCUCUAGGUCUGGCAUGUGUUGGAGAUCCUCGAAGGUAGUCCGGCGCAGAGUGCUGGUCAGUCAGCGAUAACCCCUGAUUCAGGUCCGUGCUUAACAAUUACUGAUGCGUGCUUUCCUCAGGUCUUGUCCCGUUCGGCGAUUGGAUCAUCGCGUACUCGGGGGGGAUCCUCCGAGGUGAAGGCGACUUUUAUGAUGUCGUCGAAUCGGUUAGUCUCCCCUUGUUUCAUCCCGCUCAAGCAGAGCAGCAUCGCUGAUUCUACCCCUCUCGGGACAUCCCACCUCCAGCACGUCGACAAACCCCUCCGGCUUUUCGUCUACAAUGCCGACUACGAUGUCACGCGCGAAACGAUCCUGAUCCCCAAUCGAUCCUGGGGCGGCGAAGGUCUUCUCGGCUGCGGUGUAGGAUACGGCCUCCUGCAUCGGAUCCCCAAACCACAAGAUCGCGCACGAGGAGGAUCGACGAACGAUGCGGUGGUGGGUGAUGGGGACAUGCCGACGAGUCAUGGGAUGGCCGGGAUCGGAUUACUCUCUUCUCCUCCGACACCUCAAUCGACUAUAUCGACCUCACUCACGAGUCCGGGAGGGAGGAGCGCUCAUCCCAUCUCGCCCAUUCGUUAUGCGCCUCCACCUCCUCGAGCCCAGGCGAACCCUGCGUUACUGAAGAGUAUCUAUCCCUCUUCCAAUGGUGGCUUACAACACGCGCAAUUGAACAUGAGUGGUGGUGGAGGAGGGACGGCCCAUCGACCACAGGACUCGGUCGCGUCGACGACGUAUUCGGAUCUUUCACCUCCUCCUUCGACGACGAGGAGGAGGGAGACCCUCGUCGAAACGCCGACGAUCCCAGUUCCGAAGGCUUAUGGGAGUGAGGAGGAGAGCGGGUUCGAGGAUGGAGAGGACGACAAGGAGGAGGAUGCGGAAGGGGAGGACCAGGUUGAACGAUACGAUGAGAGGUAUGGGUCGUAUGCGACGGAAGGGGUACAGAUUAUCCCCAUUUCGCAUGAAGGGGAUGAAGGCGAAGAGGACGGGGAUUUUGUCGUUCAAACGAGGAGGACGUAUGGCGCGGAGAGGCCGGAGGAGGAUGAACUUGAGCAUGCGCUUGAGGAGGAGGAGGAGGAUGCGGGACCUGGGGAUGGCGGAGGUCAUUUCAUGGCCAGGGCUUUGGCGGCAAGAGCGAAUGCGGGGGGAGGGUUAAAUGUCAGGACGGAUUGGUCGAACAGUGGGAGAGGGGGACAGGAUUGGAGGGCGGGUGCGAGAAAUGAGCGGGGAGAUGGAGGUGGCGAUGAGGAUGAGCAGGAUCAAGGUCAGGGGCAGGCGUACCCGAUCCCGCCGAGUCCGUGGAAACCACCACCGAGCCCUGCGUUGAGGAUGGAAUCGACGAGUUAUGUGUAG